AUGAGCUCCCCGGGCGCCGAGGGCGCUGCGAAGAGCCUGCAGUACCGCGUGGACCACCUGCUGAGCGCCGUGGAGAGCGAGCUGCAGGCGGGCAGCGAGAAGGGCGACCCCACGGAGCGCGAGCUGCGCGUGGGCCUGGAGGAGAGCGAGCUGUGGCUGCGCUUCAAGGAGCUCACCAACGAGAUGAUCGUCACCAAGAACGGCAGGAGGAUGUUCCCGGUGCUCAAGGUGAGUGUGUCCGGGCUGGACCCCAGCGCCAUGUACUCCCUGCUGCUGGACUUCGUGGCGGCCGACGGCCACCGCUGGAAGUACGUCAACGGGGAGUGGGUGCCGGGGGGCAAGCCGGAGCCACAGGCGCCCAGCUGCGUCUACAUCCACCCGGACUCGCCCAACUUCGGCGCGCACUGGAUGAAGGCGCCUGUCUCCUUCAGCAAAGUCAAGCUCACCAACAAGCUCAACGGCGGGGGUCAGAUCAUGCUGAACUCCUUGCACAAGUACGAGCCCCGGAUCCACAUCGUGAGGGUGGGGGGCCCGCAGCGCAUGAUCACCAGCCACUGCUUCCCCGAGACGCAGUUCAUCGCCGUGACGGCCUACCAGAACGAGGAGAUCACAGCCCUUAAAAUCAAGUACAACCCGUUCGCAAAGGCGUUCCUCGACGCGAAGGAAAGAAGCGAUCACAAGGACGCGGUGGAGGACCCUGGAGAUGGCCAGCAGUCCGGGUACCCCCAAUCAGGGGGGUGGCUCCUGCCCGGGGCCGGCGCCCUGUGCCCCCCAGCCGCCCCCCACCCUCAGUUCGGAGGCGCCCUGCCGCUCCCCUCCACGCACGGCUGCGAGCGGUACCCCGCCCUGAGGAACCACCGCCCGUCCCCCUACCCCAGCCCUUACGCGCAUCGGAACAGUUCUCCAACCUGUUCCGACACCUCCCCCGCGUGCCUGCCCAUGCUGCAACCCCACGACAGCUGGCCCAGCCUGGGGAUGCCCACCCACGCCGGCAUGCUUCCCGUGACCGCCGGCGCUGGCCCCGCCGCGGGCACCAGCCAGUACCCCAGCCUGUGGUCCGUGAGCAAUGGCACUGCCGCGCCGGGCGCACAGUCGGCAGGAAUGUCCGCCGGGCUGGCGCCCCAGUUCUUCCGAGGGCCCUCCGCGCACCCUGCGCCCCUCGCCCACCCGGGCUUGGCCUCCGCCGCCUCGGGAUCCCCGCUGUACGAGGGGGCCCCCGCGGCCACCGACGUCCCCGACAGCCAGUACGACGCCUCGGCGCAGGCCUGCCUCAUUGCCUCCUGGACACCUGUGUCGCCGCCUUCCCUGUGA